CCUGCUCUCUCAGGAAGUUCUGACUUUUCCUCUCAUACAAGAGUUUUUGUUGCUCAGAGGUGGAGAGGGCGAUAAAGUGAAGGGGAAGGGAGGUAGAGAGACAGUGGGCACAGUAGACAAGCUGAGAGAGAGCGCCCACGGGAGACAGAGCUACAAAGAGAGAGUCAAGGGCAGAGACUGGAAAAACUGAGACAUAAAUAUGGAUACAUAGAGACAGGGAAGACUGAAUGUGAAAGAGACAGCCAGGUUAGGGUGAUAGGGCUAUAGACUGCCUAUCAAAAAGGAGGUGCUGAGAGACCUGGCAGAGACCGGAGACUGAGCAGCUGUUCUGACAUGAAGUCCUGGCUGGUGCUUACACUGCUAAUAGUUAGCUAUGUGGUCUAUCUUCUUCUGGGUGCAUUGGUGGUCUCCAGCAUUGAAGGUCCGUAUGAGGCAAAUUUGCGGCAGGAGCUAAUAGAUCUAAAGCAGUCGUUUCUUAAAAACAGUCCAUGUGUGAACGUAACCACCUUGGAGGCCCUCCUGGAGAAGGUGAUCAAUGCCAACAAAUUUGGGAUCAAAGUGUUGUAUAAUGCAUCUAAUGAAAGCAACUGGGACUUUGCAUCCUCCCUCUUCUUCUCCAGCACAUUGCUGACCACUGUUGGUUAUGGAUAUACCACUCCUCUCACAGACUCCGGGAAGGCCUUCUGUAUUUUCUAUGCUCUGGUUGGUGUCCCAUUCACACUGCUGCUCCUCAGUGCAGCUGUCCAACGCCUCAUGUCCAUUUGUACUUACCAGCCAAUCCACUACUUCCAACUUCGCAGAGGCUUUGACCGCAAGAAUGUCGCAAAGGUUCAUCUUGUGAUCUUGGCUUUGGCAGUGCUGAUAUGUUUCCUUGUGGUGCCGUCCGCCAUAUUUAGCACCAUAGAGAGUUCUUGGACUUUCCUGGACGCGUUUUAUUUUUGUUUUAUCUCUCUUUGCACAAUUGGACUUGGUGACUACGUCCCCGGGGAGCAGGACAACCAAUGGCUCCGUCAGCUCUACAAAGUAUCUGUGGCCUUCUACCUCUUGCUUGGUCUCAUGGCCAUGCUGCUCGUCCUGCAGACAUUCCACAAAGCCGCAGAUCUCCAUGGACUGACUGAUCUUUUCUACCUCCCUCACCUACAUGACCAGGAUGACCAGGAACCCAUUCUGGAGACGUCAAACUCCACUGUGAUUGACAGAGAACCUAAAAGACCACUCGCUACAGGGACCCAACCCAGCUAUUCAUCCAUCAACCGAUAACCUGGAACCACGUUGUACCUGUCACUGAGGCAACCUCUCCUAUAGCACAUAAUGUCCUUCUGAACUCUUCCACAAAAGGAGAUUGUGUGACCGCAAGUCAUUAUAAUAGGUUUACAUUAAGAAGGUAGGGGAGAUGUGGAUUGGAUCUCCUAUUGGAGUGAUCUGAGCUUGACAUAGAUUAUGUGCCUUAUUUCCAGACGUCUUUUUUUUUUUUACGCUCACCUUUCUGUAUGUUCUAGCAGCGUCUUACACUACCCAAUAUUCUUAACAGGUCAUUUCCCUCCGACAUACAUUUUUAUGUGCCAUGACUGAAUAGAUAGCUAAAUAUAUAUUCCAAAUGUUGGGAGAACAAUUAUGCUCGUGCCAUUGCCACCACUCAGACUGUCAAUUUUUUCAUGGGGGGUCCUAAGGCCUCAUGCACAUGGCCAUAUUAUGGCUCUGCUCAAGCUUUCAUUUCAAUGGAGUUGUACUACAGAACCUAUAGAAAUUUCCAGGCUUAUGCCAUAUAUAUAUAUAUCUUGCUCUGGAGGACCUAGCAUUGCAUAGAGAGCCCAUUGAUUUCAGUGUCAGCUGUGUAAUAUUUCAUUUCCUCUGCAGAGGAGCUGUAGGGAAAAUGGUUAAAAAAGAAGAAGAAAACCUGGUAAAAUUCACUGUGAACACUGUGGCCAUAGUAUGAGAGCACAUGUGUACUUAUUUAUUACCCCUAAAUGUCCUGUAAUAGAAGAAGCUUUUCGGCAAUAUAUUACAAAACAUUAGCACCUUCUUUUUUUAAUGAAACAAAUAAAAAGGGAAUAUAACAUAUUUUUAAUAACAUUUUAACCCCAUAGUGAUGUCGCCUUCAAAAAUCUAUAAAUUUAGUAUUUUUCCAUCUAUAUCGCCUUGUUUUCUGUGGGACAAGUUGUCGUUUUUAAUGGCAUCGUUUUGGGAUACACAUAACUUACUGAUUAACUUUUAUUAACUCU